UGGCUUUGGCGGCGUAUAAGCUUCAGCUAUGGUUUCGGUUUCACCAUAUCGGAUCAGUCUCCUAUCUGGUAACCUUCUGCUGCCCUCGCUCACUAGCGGCGGAGGAACGAAACUAGGGUUUUACGAGCUUUCGGGCCGAUGUUUUUAGACAUAGCAGGAAUCGCCCUCUUCUGCGAAGUAUUUGAUCACUUCUUACAUAGUUAAUUGGUGAAGAAGUAGAUUCUCGUAGAUUCCGAUCUGAAGAAAAUAAGAGAGUGUGGGAGGAAAAGGAGAAAUGAAAAGCCCUAUCUCAUGAGUACGCGAGUUUCGCGGUGAAAAUACGGCAUGCACAUGCCAGGGGAAAGCGCCGCUAUCGGCGGCUCGCUGUUGUUGCAAUUUGAGGAUGAUAACGAACAACUUGAGGCCGGCGGAGAUGAAGGGCCAGAGGACCUUCGUAGGUGGUGCAAGCCUUCCAUGUCUGUAUGCCAACUUGAAUCACAUUCAAUUUGUCAGUGUUCAUCAAAAGUCUGGUUUAUGAUUGCUGGUGUAUUCAUUGUGGAGUUGGUGCUAGGUCCACGCCGCAUAUGCGCCGUGGCCCAGAGGGGCCGAGGACUUUAUGCAAUGCAUGUGGCCUUGCAUGGAGAAAGUAUGAUGAUACAGAAGACGCUAAAAAAAGUAACUUACCUUGAUGCUUCUGGGGAAGAUGCUUUCGGUGCAGACAUGGUGCCAAAACUUGGUAUGGAGUUUGAAAAUGAGAAUAAGGCAUAUGAAUUCUACAACAACUAUGCUGGAAUGGCAGGGUUCAGUGUGAGAAAAGGCUGGCUGGACAAAAGAGUUUCGGAUAAAACUACGAGAUCGAGGACAUUGGUGUGCUCCCGGGAAGGUUUUCGCCAGGAGAGGAAAGCAGGAAAUGAAGCAAAGCGUCCACGGCCAGAAACAAGAAUUGGUUGUCUUGCACGCAUGAAAAUCAAACUUAUGCCAAGUGGAAGGUAUCGUAUUACAAAAUUCAUUGCAGAACAUAACCAUCAACCUGCUCCUCCUUCAUCAAAACACUUGUUGAGAUCACAGAGGGUCACAUCUGAGUUUCAAUCCACUGAUGCAGACUUAUCAGAUGAUGCUGUGGCUGCUCUAAGAUCUUCUGGUGAGCCCACUAUCACUAGACCAGAUGUGUACAUUCUACCAUCAGAUUAUAAUGCUUGUCUUCGCUCAAAAAGAAUGAAGUCCAUGCAGUCUGGUGAUGCUGAAGCUCUUCUAAAAUAUCUCCAAAGCAUGCAACUACAAAAUACAGCAUUUUUCUACGCCAUUCAGCUCGAUGAGGAUGAUAAGCUUACAAACAUUUUCUGGGCUGAUUCAAAGUCACUAGAGGAUUUCAACUACUUUGGUGAUGUGGUUUGCUUGGAUACCACAUAUAAAUUUAAUGGACACUGUAGACCUUUCGUACUUUUUCUUGGUGUGAAUCACCAUAAGCAAAUUACCCUCUUUGGGGCAGCAUUUCUGUAUGAUGAGACGGUAGAAUCUUUUAAAUGGCUAUUGAACACUUUUGGGAUUGCAAUGCAUGGGAAACUACCAAAGACUAUUCUGACAGAUGAAUCUGUUGCAAUAAGUAGUGCAUUGGCUACAGUGUGGCCAGAAACAAUGCAUCGCCUUUGUGUAUGGCAAAUUUAUCACAGUUCCAUGAAGCACCUUAGUCAUGUUUUCCAAAGUUCAAAAACUUUUGCAAAAGAUUUUAGUAGAUGCAUCUACAGUUCUGAGGAUGAGGAUCAGUUGGUGCUAGGAUGGAGAUCUCUCCUGGAGAAGUAUGAUCUUAGAAGCAAUGAGUGGAUUUCAAAAUUAUUUGAGUGCAGAGAGAAUUGGGCUUUGGCUUAUGGGCGGCAAACUUUUUGUGCUGAUAUAAAGAGCACACUUCAAAAUGAAAGCUUAAGCAGCGAGCUAAAAAAGUAUUUAACUCCACAACAUGAUCUUCCAUCCUUCUUCAAGAAUUAUGAGAAAGUAGUAUCUGAGUGUCGUUAUGCAGAACUUCAGGCUGAUUUCCAUGCAAGCCAAUCUUUUCCUAGGAUACCUCCUUCAAAGAUGUUGAGGCAAGCAGCGAGCAUGUAUACACCUGCAGUAUUUGAAAUGUUCAGGAAGGAGUUUGACGUAUUCAUGGAUUGUAUGUUAUAUAAUUCUGGAGAGUAUGGAAGAGUAACAGAAUACAGGAUUACAGUUGGUGACAAUGCCAAGGAAUAUUAUGUUCGUUUAGACUCUACUGAUUUCUCAGUUGCUUGUAGUUGCAAGAAGUUUGAAUUCACAGGGAUUCAUUGCGGCCAUGUAAUAAAGGUGCUUGAUGUCAGAAACAUAAAAGAGCUACCGUUCCGGUAUUACCUUAAGAGGUGGAAAAGAGAUGCCAAACUUGCGAUUGAUGCAGAACCAAAGUCUCCCACAGUAUCCUUGGCAAGCGGACAGGUUCCUCCAGAUCCCCAUCAAGGGUGUCAGCUGGGUCAGGCUACAGGUUGAGUUAAUCACAGUUCUCUACUAGAUCAGGUGAGAGCUUCUCAAUUUCUGUAUAAAACCCAAUCCUCUACAAGGAGAUGGAGACAAGAUUCUUAUAAGUGAUUUAGUUGGUUAAUUCCGAUGAAGGUUUUGAUAAUGAUGUAACGGUCGUCUCUUCUUUCGCGCGGCAAGUUCGGUAGAGACAUAAAAAUGACGGAGAUGAACAGUACAACGCCAAUAUUGGCGUCCCCCUGUUCAUCCGCAGCUAAAUAGCGGAAGUUUUACCGUUCGGCUGGAGCUGACGAGUGACACCAUUCAAGCGUUUGGAGUUCCAUUGGAGAUGCCCUAAAAGGGAGCCUUGUGUACGUUAAUCUGAAUUCUGAUUUUGUUGGGAAAGGAGCUCCGUUCACUUUUGGUUCAAACCUUUGAUGUCCUGAGAAUCCCUGCUACAGGUGUGUUGCAUCGUCACAAUAUUAAAAAGGAUUUGAUUAUUUACUUUCUGGCAUCCCUGUGCUACAAAAUUGAUACGAAACACACAAAUUGAACAACAGAUUUUAUGAGUUGAAACCAUUCUUUUCACAGGAAAA